CUUUCCCUCCCUCUUUUCCAGGAGAGAAAGGAAGAGGGCAGAGCUGCACGGCUGUUUGGAGAACAGGCAAGAGAGGCAGUACAAAGAGCCGGGCUUUGCCUUGGGAGAAAGGCUCAGAGAGGAAAGCCCUGGCACCUUGCACCUGUGCUGCUGCUUCACCUAAACCUUGACAGGCCACUUCCUUAAAGCAAAAGUGCUUUUGCUGAAGCAGCUUGGGAGACCUGCCUUGUUCUAGGCAGCGGAAUCCAAAAAAGGGAACAAAUACACAAAGUGUUUUGCGUGAACCAAAGUUGCCUUGGGGGAAAAAAUCCCUUUAAAAGCCCAGAGCCAAAGCACAACGCUGUCAGCACAUGGUUCCUCAGCCAUUUCCCUUCCCAGAAGAGAUUCAGAGAUGACCGGGGCCUGCUUGUUGCUCUUGCUGUUAAGAUUGUGCCAGGUCCAUCCAGAAAAGGAACUGAAGAGCCCCAAAGGUUUAGAAGGCCCACAGGAGAGAAACCAUUCUUGGGCGAUAAGCAAAGACCGGAGGCAGCGGCUGCCCCAGAGCAUCAUCAUCGGGGUGCGGAAAGGGGGCACGAGAGCCCUGCUGGAGAUGCUAAGCUUGCACCCCCAGGUGGUGGCUGCCCAUUCGGAGGUCCACUUCUUCAACGUGGAAGAGAAUUACCACAAAGGAUUGGACUGGUACAGAGCACAGAUGCCAGUUUCAAGCCCUGCUCAAAUCACUGUGGAAAAGACACCGGCUUAUUUCUCUUCUCUGAAGGCUCCGGAAAGGAUCCGUGCCGUGGACAGCUCCAUGAAGCUCCUCCUGAUCGUGAGGGAUCCCGUGGAAAGGUUAGUGUCAGAUUACACUCAGAUCCUCCACAACCGCAAGGCUCGCCACAAGCCUUACCAGACCCUGGAGCAGAUCCUGUGGAAAGGUCGGGAGCUCAACACCCAGCACAAGGCCCUGCAGCGCAGCCUCUAUGCCCAGAACCUGGCCCAGUGGCUGGAGUUCUUUCCCCGGGCCCAGAUCCACAUUGUCGACGGGGGCAGUCUCAUCCGGGAGCCGCUCUCCGAAAUGCGCCAAGUGGAGCGCUUCUUGGGACUGCAGCCCUUCUUAGGGCCAGGCAACUUCUACUUCAACCAAACCAAGGGCUUCUACUGCUUGCAAGCAAGGGGGCUUCAGCACUGCCUGGACCAGUCUAAAGGGCGGCCUCAUCCCACAGUCGACGAGUUACUCCUGGAGCAACUUUGCACCUACUUCAGCGAGCACAACGAGGACUUCUUUGCCAUGGUGGGACGGACAUUCAACUGGUGCUGAGGCUCAGCAGAGCAUUCAAAUAGUAACUGAGAAGGAACUGCCCAUGAGUUCAGGAAAAGGACUGGCUCUAAUCCCAGAUGGGCCAAAAAGUCACAAAGGGAGUUCAGUACUUAAUAAUAAUGUACUUUGUCACGCUCAGAUCCAACAGCCAGUUAGGCUAUGUCCUGUAGAGAUGUCUACCCUGAAGGUGCUAUAUUGACGCUAAAGACUCAGCCAGCAACUGCUCAGCAAUUGUACGCUGGGCCCAAAGCAAAAGUUUAAAAGCCAUCUGCCUUCAGUUUAUAACUUUCUACACCUGAACACUGAGUGAUUCUACUUGUCUUCAGCAGAGGGCAGUGUGUCUCCAAGUGAUAACAGGGCUAUGGGUACUCCAUAAAGAGCUAGCUUUGCUGAACUGAUGACUGCCACAUAGAAUCCACCUAUUUGGGUCUCUUUCUGGGUAACCUCCCCGAAUAGGAACAAAUGAAGCUGCCUUAUAGAGCCAGACUACUAGUUUAUCCAGUUCUUACUGGCAGAGCCUUCCAGGGUCACAGCCAGAAGACUUCCCGACUUCCCUUCUAACCAAAGAUAGUAGUGCUUCUUUAAUUAGAGCUUGUGACUUAUUGCUCUACUGAUUUAUUAUAUAAGCUCAGGAUAUAACGCUCUCUCGUAACACACAAAACCAAGCAGAGACACUAAGACUUUGGCUGCAACCCAUAGUAUUUUUUUGGAACACAGAAAAUAUGGAAAAGUGCAUUGGAAUCUCAUGGGCAAUCCUUACGAAUGGUAGUUGCUUCUGUUGAAACCCAUUCAUUUCCACCACACCUCCUUAAGCUUGCUCCCCCUCCUUUUCUGUAGAAAACAGAAACACAACCUCAUUAGUUGUGUUAUAAAGACUGAGCCAGGUGAAAGCCACAUAAAAGAUACACAAAGAUUUUGAACUCAUAUUUAAAUAUAAUGAGCACAUAUUUUUCUCAGUCCACCAUAGGAAGAUAGGUUAAGCCUUUUGACCCAAUAAAAUCACCAUUGCUCAAUCUUAUAAACAAACACAGUAGUUCUUUGGGACAAAGUGAUCAUGGCAGAAUGAAUCACCGUGCUUGCUAGGAAGUCCCAAAAUCCAUUCUCACUUUUCAGGUCUUAACAAAAAUGGAGAUCAAUCCUUCACUUCUUUUUCACUCCAGCCAUAUAUGGCCACAUGAAUUUUUUGCUCUAUGACAUCUUAUCUUUUAGAAGAACAUCCCUUCUAAUGGCAAUGCGUUCAGAUAUUUUAUAAUCCAUAAGGGAGAACCUUGUAGCAAUUCGCCACUCAGGGCUGCUGCUGACAGACUGUACUCUAACAAAGCCAAGCCAAACAUUUUGGUAACAGAAGUACCAUCUGUCUCCCAGAUACGUAUCAAUCCAAGCCAUUCAGUUAUAUAGGAGUCACAUUCCCAGUACUAUUAGUCAAUAAUCACCUUCACUGUAGCAUGUUGUCAAUACAUUUUACACUCUUACAGUAGGCAUAUUCCACUCUUAAUCAUUGUGUGAUUCAACCUUGUAGUGUGAAGAGAUCUGAAAAUAAAGCAGGAGUAGACUAGGCUCUGAGCACUCAUUUAUCUGGUUUAUCACAUUCAUGGCAACAUAAAUGUGGAUCAGAACGUUUCACCUCAAAUUCCAGUCUCUGUUCGCAAAGCUAGUGCAUCUCACUCUUUGAGGCUAUUUAUUUGUUGACUUGAUUUUAAAAGGAUCUUUCUUAAAGGAGGAAUUCAUUCUACAGAAAUCUAAGCCAGCUAUGGAAACUAGUGGGAACUGGAAAAAAACAACUACAGCCUAAUUCAAACAGGCCUUUUGCUUCCUAUAAUGUUCUAGCUUAAGGGUUACAACUAUUGCACUAGGGUGGGAGACAAACGGAGUUUGUACAUCAGUCUCACACUGAAAGCGUAACUCAGAGAGUCUUUGGCUUGAGAACAGAUACAGGCAUACCAGGAACCUGGAAGAUGGUCAAGCAAACACAGCCCUGCUGAUGCCCUUCUUUCAUCAUUUUGUCUGAAAUUGUACUGUAUGAAGCAGACCUGGGGCAACAGCAGAGCAAAUUUAAUGUAAAGGCAACAACCAUGGACAAACCACCACUUGUGAGCAGCAAAACAUGCUUUUGGGCAUUUUCUUGUUAGUACUUUUGCCAUUUCCAUUUUGUAAAUAAGUCUUUAGAAAUAGUGCUCCACCAAGCUAAAUCAGUAUUUUAAAAGCUUCAUGAUUAAACAUCUUAGGGAGACAGUGAUCUCAUACAGCUACCACAAUGUCCAACAACAGGCAAGAGAAAACAAAGGUAACCAUGAACGUGGCCACAUCCAAGUCUAAAAUCUAUGAAGUUUAUUUUAAAAAUAUUAAUAGUAUUUUAGGGCAUUAAACUUUUUGCUGACCCUUUAACACUAGAAUGAUACACAAAAACAAGUUUUGUAAAAAAUGGUUUUAUCAUUUCCAUUUUUGUAUAAAACACAUGGGAGAAACCUAGCCAAUCAACACACAAAUUGCUGUCACAUAACAAGGUACUUUUUGUCAAACUUUGAAUCUAAAUAACAUACAAAUGUUUUAAGUCUACAGUCAAUUGCCUAUACUCUUCCAUUUAACUAUUUUUUUAAAAAAUUCCACAUAUCCCCAUAUUUCUUCUGUCCCAGUUACAGUACAAUGACAGGGAGGAAGAGGACUGUUUACAAUUCCUUUCUAUGCAGUUUUCUGCU